AGCCGUUUACAUGUGUGAACUGUGGAAAAUGUUUUAGUCAAAAACAUCAUUUAACUCAACACAUGAUGAUUUAUAACGGUGAAAAGCCGUUUUCAUGUGUGAACUGUGGAAAAAGCUUUUGUCAAAAACGGGAUUUAACUCAGCACUUGAUGAUUCACACUGGUGAAAAGCCGUUUUCAUGUGUGAACUGUGGAAAAAGUUUUAGUCAAAAACGGGAUUUAACUCGGCACUUGAGGAUUCACACUGGUGAAAAGCCGUUUUCAUGUGUGAACUGUGGAGAAAGUUUUUGUCAAAAACGGGAUUUAACUCGGCACUUGAGGAUUCACACUGGUGAAAAGCCGUUUUCAUGUGUGAACUGUGGAAAAAGUUUUAGUCAAAAAAAGUAUUUAACUCGGCACAUGAUGAUUCACACUGGUGAAAAGCCAUUUUCAUGUGUGAACUGUGGAAAAUGUUUUAGUCAAAAACAGGAUCUAACUCGGCACAUGAUGAUUCACACAGGUGAAAAGCCGUUUUCAUGUGUGAACUGUGGAAAAAGUUUUAGUAUAAAACGGAAUUUAACUCGACACGUGAUGAUUCACACAGGUGAAAAGCCGUUUUCAUGUGUGAACUGUGGAAAAAGUUUUAGUCACAAACAGGUUUUAACUCGGCACAUGAUGAUUCACACUGGUGAAAAGCCGUUUUCAUGUGUGAACUGUGGAAAAAUCUUUAGUCGCAAAGGUAGUUUGACUCGCCACGAGGCGUCACACAGGUGAAAAGCAGUAGAAGUAUUUUCCAUACAUGUCCUAUGUUGAGGUUCACUAUAGAUGUGCAACCAUGACACAUUUUCCU